AGAACAAGCAGGAGCAAGUCGGUUGCCUAGCGCAGAGUGACUGGACACGCGUAUAAGUUGUCGUGCAGUCCAGUACCAAAUCCGUAUCCAGAUCUGGCAAUACAGUUACCCGUGCAGCUAGCACUCUGAGUCACCACUGAGUCGUCAAUAUGGAGGUCUGGCCUCUGGGAUGUGAUGUGCCCGUGUGGAUCAUACUGGCGACUCUGGCUGUAAUUCUCCUCUACCUGUAUGGUACGUGGCCUUACUCAUUCUUCAGCGAGAGAGGGAUCCCAGGACCAAAGCCUUUGCCUUUUAUUGGAAACUUGGUUGACUUUUUCACAAAGGAGGAAUUAGUGAACGAAAGAAAAUGGGUGAAGCAAUAUGGGAAAAUAUACGGGUAUUACAUAGGUCGACAGCCUGUGUUGUGUGUACACGAUCAGGUUAUACUGGAGAAAAUUAUGGUGAAGAAUUUCUCCCAGUUCUGCAACAGAGAGGGAGAUACCCCGAACAACCCGCCUAUGGACCAGUGUCUCAUAUUCCUUAGAGACAGUCACUGGAGAGGAAUGAGAAAUGUUGUUUUGCCAUCGUUUACUUCCGGCAGGCUGAAAGAGAUGGUCAGCGUGAUCACGGAUUGCGGAAGACAAAUGGAUGGAAUAUUCCAGGAACUGGCUGAAACUGGAAAAUCCGCGCAAUUAAAAGACUUGUUUGGUUGCUAUGCUCUUGACGUCAUAUCUGCCACAGCAUUUGGACUGCAGGUCGACUCUCAGAAAGACAAGAACGACCCUUUUCUCAUUCACGUGAAAAGGAUUUUUGAGAUGCCCAUUCCUAUCAGUUAUUUGAUAUACAAGACAAUGCCGUUCCUCCGUGGCCUAAAUGAUUACUUUGGUUUUGGACUUUGGCCACGAGACAGUAUCAAGUUUUUCGAGAACACAACUAAGAGGAUGGCAGCGUCAAGAAGAACAGGCUCUACUAAACAAAAUGACUUUCUCCAGCUUCUCAUUGACGGUGAAUCCAGUGAUUUCGGGGACGGUGCUGGCAGACGAAAUCUUUCUACUGAAGAACUUGUUGCGCAGGCGUUUCUGUUCUUCAUUGCUGGAUACGAAACAACGGCUUCAAUGAUGACAUUCACAUGUUUCAACCUCAGCUGGCACCCGGAGGUCCAAGAGAAAGUGUAUCAAGAAAUGGUCGACGUUCUUGGAGAUGAAGAACCGACUUACGAGGCGAUGAAUAAGCUGACAUAUCUCGAACAGUGUAUGAAUGAAACCCUCAGGAUGUUCCCACCCAUCCAGUCCAUGACCAGGGAAGCCGGUGAAGAUGUUGAAAUUGGGGGGUACAAGAUUCCCCGUGGCACGGCCAUCAAUCUGCCAUUCAGAUACAUUCAGCUUGACCCAGAGAUCUAUCCCGAGCCAGAAGUCUUCAAUCCUGAUCGAUUUGCCCCAGAAAAACGUGCGACAAAAAAGCCUACGUUCAUGGCGUUCGGACAAGGCCCUCGAAUCUGUCUUGGAAACAGACUCGCUUUUCUGGAGGCCAAGAUUGCCCUGUCUUUUGUGCUGAGAAAAUACGUCCUCACUCCCGAAGGCGAUUCAGCGGCUGAUCUCAAGCUUUACCCCGGUCCAAUUCUCACGCCUAGAAACCCCUCUGAGAGUGGGAUUGAAACCCCGUUCCUGUAAAGUCAUUCGGAAGGGCAACUUCAACGAGACAUCGUGAGAGACACAAUAACUUGGAGAACAUACUUGUAUAUCAAGGGGGCUAUAACGGAGAUCUUUGACAAAAAAGGGAUCAGCGCAAAUCCAAUCGAAUUUUUUCCUAUUUUUUAAGAAUAGCCCAGAUAACUUUACCUUUCACAAAAUA